ACGAACCGCGCAAUCCACUCCGUCACUCCCCACAAUCUCAAAAUCCCUAAUUUCUUUCUUCUUUCUUCCAUACAAACCCUAAUUCCAUCACUUACCAAUCAGUCAAUCAAUUAAAUAAAAUAAAACAAAUUCCUCAGAUAAUAUUAAGAAUAAUCCAAUCUAAACUAUUUUGUCCCAAACUAAAAAAAAGCUACUCUUUUUAUUUGCAGAAAUCUCAAUUCAUUAAUGACUCCAAUUGAUUACUCAAUGGUUGAAGACAAGGACCAGCAACACAACUCCAAACGACGUCGUCUUGCCUGGGAUGUCGCUGCACAUUCACCUGAACAACAACAACAACAAAAAGAGGUUGAAGUAAGGCAGCCAGUGUCGGGUCGCCACGUGUCUCCGCCGAAAAGAGAGGAUGAUCGUGACGGGCAUUAUACUUAUAGUCUUGGGGAUAAUUUAACUCCAAGAUAUAAAAUACUAAGCAAGAUGGGUGAAGGCACAUUUGGUCGAGUUUUGGAAUGUUGGGAUCGUCAAACUCGCGAAUAUGUAGCCAUCAAGGUAGUCCGAAGCAUAAGAAAGUAUCGGGAUGCGGCAAUGAUUGAAGUUGAUGUUUUGCAACAACUUGCUAAGCACGAUAAAGGCAAAUCAUACUGUGUGCAAAUUCGGAAUUGGUUUGAUUAUCGUAAUCAUAUAUGCAUUGUGUUUGAGAAGCUUGGACCAAGUUUAUUUGAUUUCCUAAAGAGAAAUAAAUACUACCCUUUCCCUGUGGAUCUUGUUCGUGAAAUUGGACGUCAGCUUUUGGAAUCUGUAGCAUAUAUGCAUAGUUUAGGCUUAAUCCAUACUGAUCUGAAGCCGGAAAAUAUACUUCUUGUCUCUGCUGAUUAUUUAAAGCUUCCUGGUUACAAGAGGACUUCACAGGGUGAAACGGUUUUUAGGUGCUUGCCAAAGUCGAGUGAGAUUAAGUUGAUUGAUUUCGGUAGUACUGCUUAUGAUAAUCAAAAUCAUAGCUCCAUUGUUUCAACAAGGCACUACCGAGCACCCGAAGUUAUUCUAGGGCUUGGAUGGAGCUACCCAUGUGAUAUGUGGAGUGUUGGUUGUAUACUUGUUGAGCUAUGCUCGGGUGAAGCUUUGUUUCAGACUCAUGAGAACUUGGAACAUUUGGCAAUGAUGGAGAGGGUAUUGGGACCUUUACCAGAGCAUAUGGUUCGAAAGGCCAACCGAGGUGCAGAGAAGUAUUUCAGACGAUCAAGAUUAAACUGGCCUGAAGGUGCAGUAUCUAGGGAGAGUAUCAGGGCAGUGAGGAAGCUGGACCGGCUCAAGAAUAUGAUAUCACAGUGUGUAUCCGCGGGAGGUUCAAGAUCAUUGAUUGUUGAUUUGCUGCAUGGCUUAUUGAAUUUUGAUCCUGCAGAGCGUCUCACUGCCAGACAAGCUCUUGAUCAUCCAUUUUUUAGAAUCAUCCACGCAUAAGAGGUCCCAUGAUGCCGCAACUGCGAGCAGUUUUGAUACGGGGGACCAAAAGACGGCAUAUGGAAAUACUAGAAGGUUUAGGCUUCAUGCACAUGGCUGUACUCUUGGUAUCCAAGUUCAUUGUGGCUGUGUUCUUGUGUUACUGGCUGCUCCAGAUAACCUGUGUUGCCUAGUUUUCUUUGAAUGUUCAUCCCGGGGUUUCUGCCCUCUACCGUUUCCAACCGUAUUUUUGGUUGAUGCAUAUCUGCAGUUUGUAUGGAAUAAUUUAUGAAAUUCUAAGCUGGUUUUUAGCGAUGGCAUAAAUUGCUGUGAAUUUGGACAGUCCUGGUAGUUUGGCCCAGGUUUUGUAGAGUUGUAAUGAUACAUUUACCCAAUCGUAUCUAUCUAGAUAAAACCUUCCUGAUGAGAUAAUAAAUGGUAAAUCAGAAGUCUUUGAUUGAAA